AUGUUUGAAGUUUCUAUAUUACGUACAAAAAAUUCAGCCUGGCUAUUUCAGCCAAUAUCAGUAUCACUUCUACCACUUAUUUUAAUUUACAUUUUUUACGACUGUUACUGGAAAAGGCGAAAUCUUCCACCAGGUCCAAUGCCAUGGCUAAUUUUGGGCAAUAUUUUUUAUUUUUUGUUUUACAAAUCAGUCGAUGACAUGUUUCUUGCUUGGAAACAGAAGUAUGGUAGUUUGAUUACAUUUUGGGUAGGACCAAUACCCAUGAUAAUAGUUUCUGACGUGGAAACAAUGCGUGAAUAUUUUGUGCGCAAUGCAGAGCAUUUUAGUAAUCGAUGGCCAAAUUAUGCAUCGCAUUUUUUUUUGGGUGGUGAAAAUGGUGUGAUUCAUAUUGACGGUGAAAAGUGGAAGCAGCAAAGACGUUUUGCACUACGUGUUUUUCGCGAUUUUGGUGUUGGUAGAACAAUAAUAGAGGAACGAAUUAUGAAAGAAGUUGACUUUCUUAUAAAUUAUUUGGAGGAAAAAUGUACUGAGCAAGAGAUUGAUUUAAAUUCAAUGCAUGCCAUUUGUGUGGGCAAUAUUAUCACUAGUAUCUUGUUCGGUUAUCGUUUUCCACAGGAUUGGAAUUUAAAUUUUCUUUUCAAGGGUAGUGCAGAAUUCAAGCUCAUCAAUUCCAUAAUAAGUUCUCAAUCUCAAAUGGUAAUGCAUCCAUUGAUGGCUUUAUACAUCAUCUUGCCAUCAACCACACAUAUACCAGUCAUUAAUUAUGUCUGGAAAAAUUUUGAAAAUUUCCGAAAUAGACUUUGGAAAUUUGUUUUUGAAGAAGUGCAGGUACAACAAAAACACAAAGAAAUACAUAGCAGUGAAGAACAGCUUCCCGAAGUGAUGGAUUUCACUCACUCCUAUUUGUCGGAAAUUGAACGUAGGAAAGCAGUCGGUGAAGGCAUUCAGUAUUUCGAUGAAUGGCAGUUAUCAAUGCUUCUGUUGGAUUUGUUUUUUGCUGGAAUGGAAACAACAACCACAACAUUAAAAUGGGGAUUCCUUCUAACAAUGAUUCAUCCUGAUGUUCAAACAAAAGUUCAAAAUGAAUUAGAUCAAAUCGGAGAGAGGAUCACACUUGCUGAUAAAUCAAACUGUCCUUACACAGUGGCAACUCUUCAUGAAAUUCAACGUGUGGCAAAUAUUUUAACUUUCAACUUAUUGCACACAACAGCUGACAAUGUUGUUGUGGGGAAGUAUUUUUAUCCAGCAGGAACAAUUUGUAUUCCACAAAUCUCCAUUGCUUUAAAUGACCCAGUGAACUUUCCUAAGCCACAUGAAUUCUGUCCUGAACGUUUUUUAGAAUCUGAUGGAAUUACUUUGAAGAAAUACGAUGCAUUUAUACCAUUUUCUAUUGGCAAGCGACAGUGCUUGGGUGAAUCGUUGGCAAAAGCUGAGUUGUUCCUUAUUUAUGCGAACUUAAUGAGACAUUUUCAACUUCAUACUACGCUGAACAAUCCAAACCCGUCAACAAAACGAAUUUUUGGCCUGACCGUUUCACCACCACCAUUCAAAUGCCAUGUGAAAAAAAGAACCAGUGAUUUUAUGAAAUAA